ACUGAAAUUUCAUGUCCAUAAAAUCGUCACGGCUGAAAAUUUGGGAAGAGAACUGCCCGGUGCUUAGCGAUGCAAAAUUCCAGAGAAAGUAUCAAUUGCAAGAGAAUAUUAUAGGCGAGGGUUCUUUCGGAACAGUAAUCAGUGCAACAUGCAGAACAACUCAAGAGAAACGAGCAAUAAAAGCAAUUCGAAGAAUUGAAAAAAUGAGCAUGUUAUCAAUUGAAUUGGAAUUACUAUCAGAACUCGGAGGACACUUCAACAUUGUCAAACUUUUCGAAUUCUUCCAUUUCAAUGGUUCAGUUGCAAUUGUUCUCGAACAUUUUCCACAUUGUACAGCCACAGAACUCUUAUUUCAUUCAAAACGAGAUCUUUCAUUUGCUCUCUCUUAUUUUCGAAAUUUGCUUUAUGCUGUCGCAUAUCUUCAUCACAAUGGAUAUGUGCAUCGAGAUAUCAAAUUGUCAAAUUUUCUCUACUCACCCCAAACUCAAAGAUUCCGGCUCGUAGAUUUUGGACUCGCAACAGUUGAUAGAUCAAAAAAUGAAUGCUCAAGAAGUCAUGCUGUCGCUGCAAUGGAAAGAGAUCCAGAAUGUUGUUCUUGUAAAGGUACAUCGUCACCGUGUAUGUUUUGUAGAGGAAAACCAAAGCGAGAGAAUUAUAAUGUUGUUGGAACUCCAGGUGUUCGUGCUCCAGAACUUUUGUUUGGGAUUGGUUUGUGUCAUCCAUCAAUAGAUAUAUUUUCCUGUGGAAUUGUUCUCCUUUCACUUGUUUCUGUAAAACAUCCAUUCUUUAUGCCAAAAGAUGAAACUGAAAAUAUUAUGCAUCUCGCUUUCUUACUCGGAUCUGAAACUAUCGAAAAAAUGGCUCAUAGUGAAGGACUACGAGUGACAUUAUCUGAAAAACUUCCUCCCGCAGAUUACUAUCAUCUAAUAUUAUGCCUUCGAUUUGGUUUCGAUCAUGUUCGACGACACUGUUCUUCGUCAAGACAACCAUGUACAAUAUGCCAAAAACGUUCGUUCAAUAAUUCGAUGGGAGUGUGCUUUUGCCGAAAAAACUACGAAACAGACAUGUUUUCUACUGGUGGAAAUGAAACAGAAUUAAUGACAAUAUACGUGGAUCUGUUAUACCGUACACUUGAGGCUGAUAGAUUCAAGCGAUACAACGCCGAUCAACUGCUCUGCCUCAUUGAAUCUUACGAUAAACGUGUGAAAUUCAAACCGAAACCAAUGUCGAAUCAAGAUCCAUUCUAAAUUAAAAUGCCAUCAAAUACUUACAUUACUCUUACUCCGAAUUUUUCUCGCUUGCUGUGUUGUAUUGUUCUGUAGAUUCGGAUAUUUCUCAAUCGAGUCUGAAUAAUUCUUGCUUAGAUUUCGAAUCCAUUUUUUCAAAAUUUUAUUUUAAUUCAACUUCCAUUGUCCCAUGUCAUUUUCUGCGGGUUUUAGCAAUAAAUAUAUGACCAUU